AUGCAACUCGCAACCCCGGAUAAAACAGAGGGUCACAACACAAUGGCCGAGAGUGAUUGUCCUCUUGAGGUGGGCUUUGAGGCAGAGCAUUUCGCGAAUGCCUUAGAUGACUGUCUCGGUGGUCCGGGGUCAAAUCAGCAGAAGAAAGAGCGGGUGCUGGAGCUUGUUCAAAGGUUCUACAACCAUGCAUCAGAACGUCUUGACCAACUACGGCAUCGUGGGUCUGGAAACCUCACUGAUAACGAGAUGGAUGUGGAUGAUGCAGAAGACGAGAUGGAUCCUGCAGCAACCAUCUCGCAACUUCGCAAGUGGGAAUCAGAGCUUCAGACUUGGGAUCUGCUACAACGACUUGCUACGCUCAGAUACCCUCAGACCAAGUCGGCGGCAGCCACUGGAGGCCUUGAUGCGGAGAUCCAUUCUCGAAAGGAUGAUCUGUGGGGCUCAUUCGUUGCGCAGGCCGAUCGAACAGCAGAGAGAAAAACGGUUCUUGAGUGGCUGCAACACACGGCGACGACAGGUCCUGCGAUCGACGAACUGAUUCGCGACUUGCAGCAAAACGCUGAGCGCGGUCAAAUCAUUGCUCACGGGUGCAUCCAUACGCGGACAGCUCUCAAGCUGCACAAAGAUCUUCUCGGAGCCUCGCGUCCUCUGGAUCCCCUUGCCGCUAACGUUGUUCAAUCGUUGGUGACAACUGACAAGGCUCCACUGGUAUCACAGCUCGACCCAGAUGCUGUGACUCGCCAGUCACGUAAGCUCGAACCACAGGAUGAGUUCUUUGAGCGAGCCAUUUGGGUCGGUUGUUUCCAGCUGCUUCGACGCGGCUGCACCUUGGCCGAGAUACAAGAAUGGUGUGCCGAACGUACAGAGACCUGGCGUGCUGUAUCCCUGUCAGCUCUUCCUUUAGCAGGCACAGGUGAUGCAGUUAUUCAAAAGGAAGAUGCCGUUUCUAUCGCUCUUUGGAGACGCAUGUGCUUUGCUUCCGCAAGGCAUGCAGGCACUGACGAGGUCGAAUCCGCCGUCUAUGGUGUUUUGGCUGGCGACAUUCAGAGCGUAGAGAAAGUCUGCAAGUCGUGGGAUGACUUCAUGUUCAUGCACUACAAUGCACUUCUACGCAGCCAGUUCGACAGUUAUGUCCUUGAGCAAUGUCAACCGGAAAUGUCUGCCAACAUCGACCAACAAUUCGCCGUUUUCGAUGCUGUCCAGUAUCAUGGUGAAGAGUCUACAGCCGAGAAGCGACUUAUCAAAUCGCUAAAGGUCCACAAGCUUACGCGCGGCGAAGCUUCGAUGCCACUCAAGGUGCUACAGGCGGCUCUGAUCACGAAAGAAACUAGUCAACACUUUCUCCAACAAGGCAUGGUAUUGGCGAGGGAACGGGGGGAGGUUGAUACUGAACCUACCAAUACCGAGGCUGAUACAAAUGGGUUCGUGAAUGGGCGCGAUUAUGAUACCCUCCGUGUGGCCGUUCACGUUCUUAUUGUACUUUCCACCCUCGACGAGCUUGACGUUUCAACCUCACUAUCACCAACGCUCGAGCGUGAACCGCAGACACGUGCCAUACAAGAAACCGUCAUCAGCUCCUAUGUUACUUUGCUUCGACUCGCACAAUACGAAGAGCUGAUCCCCUUGUAUUGUUCAAAAAUGUCGAUACCCCGGGCUUACGAGGUCCUCAGCGUCAAUCUCCGACAUCUCACAGACCGCGACGCGCGGCUAAACCAGCUUGAGCUUGUUCAGAAAUCAGGUCUUGACGUACUUCGAUUCGUUAGGAUGCAACCACGGCUCAUACUGAGCCAGCUAGGCAACGUUGAACAAAAAAUUGGCAGCAGGAGAGAGCCCUUCCGAAUCAUCGAAGCUGGCCCUGGCUCUCUUAAAUACGGUCGCCUCAUCAAGAUAGAUUUCUUUGGUGAAGACCCCGAUGCGAUCUCGGAAGAAGAAGAGUUAUUGAUCCGUUCACUGGAAUGGCUUCUUCUUGUUGAUGAGGCUUGGCCUGAUGUCUUCUUCGUCGGCGUUCAGGUUUACAAGUACUUCUUAGGUUCGUCAAACCCUCCUUCGCAGCAACCAAAACAACUGACAGUUCUCACAGGCACUAUGCGCCUGAAUGCUGCCCGACAACUUGCAAAUAGGGUCACUAUGAGUCAAGUCUUGCAACAAAGGAUCAGUCCUGGCGGACAGGAAGAGGCGGACAUCGCACAGGUCCCGGAUAUCGAUGAUGCCUUCUGGGCCGACCAGCUCGAAGCAAUUGGCGACAGGCAAACUUCAUCAAGGCUGCUAGCCACCCAGGCUAGGAUUUUCCGUGACCUUGAAUGCCUAGUUAAGGCUCUCGAUACCAUGGAAACGAUUGCUUCGCUAACAGAGUUGUCGCGAGAGGAUCCUACUGCCAAGCGCGAUUUCUGGAAUCAGGUCGGCAAUGAAGUCAAGAACGCUAAGGAAUAUGUAGAGCCGAUGUUCAAGGGUUGGCUCUUGGUUGACGAAGACGAUGGGCAAUGCCUGCAGGCGCUCCGUGACACCUAUCUUCCCGAGACUAUACUGGCGUAUAUCAUGGCUGCCUGGGAUCCUGCAAGACAAAUCUAA